UCCGUUGGCGCGCGACCCACCCACGAGACGGACGAUGCUUCUGCUGCGCGCCAGCCCGGCGCCGGCGCCGGCGGUCGCCAUCCCGAUCUCCUCCUUCUCCGCGGCGUCCGUGCCGUCUUACACCAGUAGGAUCCCCAUACCAUCCUCCUUCUCCACUGUGCCCCGCUGCUCCGUCGGCAACCUCUCGCCGGUCCAGUUCGAGCCCCUCCGCGGCGACGCCGGGGCCGAUCCCGCCUUCUUCCAAGCCGGCGCGGCCACCGCCGACGGCGAUGAGCAAUACCAGCCGCAGGAGCACGGCGGAGGUGAGGAUCAGGACGAGGAGGAGGAGAAGAAGGGCGGCAUCAACGUGCCGCGCCAGCGCUACAUCGCGGUGCCUAAGGCGGCGCUGCUCGACGCCGCCCUCUCCCUCUUCCCCUCCCAGCCCGCCGCCGCCGAGGACUUCAGGCGAUUCGCCAGGUGUUUGGACGCGGUCCUGCACGCGGAGCACAAGGAGACGCUCGAGCAGAUGCGCGCCUACUACAUGCUCCGGGACGACGACCAGGAGCAGGAGGAGAAGGGGCCUGCCCAGGCCUCCGGCGGCAACCAGGCGUCGUCAUCGGUGAACGGCAGGGGCUCCGGGCUCUUCGGCAUGUCCCAGGACGGAGGCGAUGACGACGACGACAGGAUGUCGUUUCUCUCCAGAAGCCUGGACUGGAAGACUCUGCUUGGCCUAUCCCCGGAUCCCGCCCCUGUUUCUCCAACCAGGGUGGCCUUUGCGACUCACUUCCAGCGCGCCUUCAUGAACCUCCUACGCAACGCACAGUUCGAAGAACUCUCCGCGCAGGACCUGCUCCUGACAUAUUCACUGAACAGCGAUUACCUCCUGACGCUGCCGGUUUACGUCGACUGGAAGAAGGCAGCUGAGUCUAAUGCCAUCAUAUUCCGGCGUGGGUAUUCGACCGAGAGCCAAAAAGGCCUGCUAUUGGUGGAGAAACUUGAUUACCUGCAGUCCAAACUGUUGCAGAAUAUUUUCUUCAGCCUUUCCAAACCCUUGGGGAAACUGGGGAAGUGGACCAAUGAGGCAUUGAAAAAAUCAACAGGGAGCCCGGGAUUUCAGAUCUGGAUUGACAAAUUGAAGCUCUGGCUGAAAGAGCAAACUUAUGCAGAGAAUUCACUCUUGUUGAUAGAAAACUAUUCUAGGGGCAAACUUACGCCAGAUCAAUUACCAGAUGCAGAUCUUCCUAUUUGGAUUGCUGCACAAAGGGCAGUCUCUCGUUAUGAAGGAUUUCUGUCACCUGUCGGCCCUCGCGGCAGACUCCUAAGGAGAGUGCUUACAUGGACAGGAUUAAUUCCAUCUUUGCCAGAAGCAACGCUGAAAUCUGAUACUGAAACAAAACAAUCAGAAGGUUAUGUGAGGCCAAAUUUUCUGCCUAGAAUUACGCUUGCAAAUAUAUGGGAGCCAGCAAGCAGAGAAUCUUGUGACAACAAUGUUUGGGAGAUAGUGAAAGCUUCUUUUGGCAUUCUAUUUGCCCAGUCUACUCUGCAGGAACCAGCAUUCGAAGAACUGAUCAUACUUUAUUCUGAUGAUUCUGCUCAAAGUAAUGAGAAGGAGAGCUCUGAGAUGCAGAUGCUGCCGCCGCAGUUGAAAAUUUACCAGAAAAUACCCAUCCCAGAUCUUCCAGUGGUUUUUCCUCACAAAAAGUUGUCCUUCCGCAUCCUUGAUACAGUAAGGCUGGAUAUAGCUACAGUAAUAGGAUUGUUGGCAUAUGUUGUCAACUACAAAUUCGAGAGUUUAGCCUCAUCGCCGUCAGCUUUCCUUCUUGAUCUAGCUGCUUUUACUGCACUUGCAAUAUUGGUGUUCCGUGUUACGCUGGGCUACAAACAGACUAGGGAUAGAUACCAGCUUCUUGUCAAUAAGACGCUCUAUGAGAAGACAUUAGCAAGUGGCUUUGGUUCAGUUUACUUUCUUCUAGAUGCUUCCGAGCAACAGCAGUAUAAGGAAGCACUAUUGGCAUAUGCUAUGUUACUCAGCAGAAAUAAGUAUCAGGUGUCUUCUCGCACAAGCGUCAGAGAUAUGUGCGAGCAGUUUAUGUAUGAGAAAUUUAAUGCGAAGAUUGAAAUGCCUAUCGACAAAGCUAUGGAGACGCUGCUGCGGUUGGGUCUGGUGGUUGAGCUGUCAACUAAUGGCAGCAGCUCCUCCGUAAUAGCUCUUCCAUGUCCAGACGCUUAUGAGAUCCUCAAAGGCCGCUGGGAUAGUCUGCUGGAACAUAAGACAUAACAAGGGUGAUGAAACCUCGCUAUCAAGUUUUGUUUGUACAGCGGAGACCGAAAUUACAGUGUAGUCAAGUGUGAUAGCUGAUGGGAACUGCUGCUGAUUUUGCUUGAUCUCUCUAUGGUGUACACUGGAGAAGUUGAAGGAAAAAUACACUACCGAAUUUCCAAAAAGAAUAGAUGCUUCUGGAUUUCGAAUCUUGAGCGCCAACGAAGAAUGGCAGUUGUUGAUAGACAAAUAUGAUAUUUUUCUCUCUCUCCAAGUCAUGUGAGAAUUUCUAGUAUCUGAAUUUGUGCAUAAGCUCAGUCCAAGAUUUGUAUAUAUUUAUUCAGAAAAUGUUCAGCGUGUCGUAUAGGCCACAAAGGGGGAUUAACUGAGAAUUACGCAAGUUUUUUGCCAGGUGAUAGAUAAUCUUGUUCCUUUUUUCUCUGUUGAGAAGACA